AUGACUAGAGGCAGAGAGAGGGUGCUCAAGUUAGAGAUAGGUAAAAAAUGUGGUGUAUCAGGAUGUAAAUGUGAGAAAAGUCCAGAUAAUAUUAUCGCUACUAAGGCAGACGAUAGUCCUUCUAAGGGGUACACUAGACACACCCACAAACUUAAAGGGGGCAAACCGUUUACAUUAUUCAAUGUAAAGUAUAACAAUACAUUAGUACAUGCAGGACCACAUCAAGUUCCUGGUGUUUUGGAAGUAGCAGUAUACUAUGACGUUGAAGAGAGACCGUUUGUAAUUGAGGUAAAAAAACAGGGGGGACUGAUUGAUUAUUACACAAAUAAUAACCCUGUAACGAGAAAGGAUGUAACGAAUUGGGGUGAUAAUACUUCCUGGACUCAGGAAAAUAGCCUUGGAAAUCCUCCAAAAAGUCUGAAUGAGAGACUAGAGAAUUUAAGCUGUCAAUAUGCCAGAUCUGUUUCAUUAGACAUAUUCAAAAAGAUAACAAGAAGUGCUUAUUACUGCAAAAAUAAAGUUAAUAUAAUUGGCCACAAACUCUCAGGUAUCAAUGAUAUUUAUGAAUUCAAACAAACUAUUCAAGACAACAAACCAUUUAAGGUCCACUCACUUCAGUAUAAUGGAAAGAACAUAGAAAUACCUAUACCUCCAGAUGGAAUCAAGGAAAUCUCCACAUUUUACUGGAAACACAAUUUUGGUAAACCACUUGUUGUUAGGGUUUUGGAUAGAAAUAGUAAGUCAAAAUACUACUUUAAUGAUGGUAGGGUUGGUUUGCAAUGGCAUGAGAGAGAACUUCCACCAGUUACUAAACUAGAGGAUGCAGUAGUUGAACAUAACUGUACACGAAAUAGGACUACAACAAUUAAUUUAUCCGAGAAAGUAGAACCUUACUGUUGCACAGAAAAGUGUCAAAAUAAGAGAAUCAAAGUUAGUAGGCAGUCAUCAGAUGCAUUUCCAGGUUUUACUGUAUAUGAACACAUCUCAAAUGAUGGGCUUCCAUUAAUAAUUGGUAAUAUUAUAAGAGAUAAUGUUAAGCAAAAAGGGAUAAUGUAUCCCAUUAGAUAUGCAUAUAAAGUAACUGUAUAUUACCAAAAUACCUGCGCUAAUGAGCCCAUUUUCAUGGAAAUUUUAUACAUGAAUGAUAGUGGACAGAGAGAUUAUAAAUGGUACAAAAGAGUAACUCCUAAUGGAUGGAACGAUCUUUCGAAUCAAAUACCAGAUACGGAGACGGAAAUUUAUAAGUCGUUGAGGGAGAAUUUCAGGACAGUAGCUGAUUUAUUGAGCAAGGGUAGAUGUGACUCCAGUAAACUCGGUGAUGAUACAAAAAAAUUUCCCAGGAAAGAACCAGAACCAUUGAAUUCUCCAGAACAAACAUUUGAACAGGCAGUAAAUCAAAAUACUAAAUUAGGACUUUCUGUUCCUAGAGGACCUGAAGAUGAAGCUGCUGAAGAACAGAAGAUAGAAGAAGACAAACAAAAGGCAUUAACAGAAGGGAAAAAAUAUAUUCCUCCAGACCAAAUAAAAUUGGAGGAUCUCGAACUCAAUCCUAAGAAACAAACUUAUCCAACCACUGUUAAACAGCUAGAAGCAAUAAAAAAACAGGUGGAAGCAAAAGAACUCGUGAAUACGAGUCUUUUGCACAAUCUACCACCUAUGACUACAGCUAGUUUACCCCCUUCAUCUGGUGUCACCAUUGAUAUAAGUCAGGAUACUAAUGGACUAGAGAUCACUACAUACCCUUCUGGACUACAUGAGCAAGAUAUUAGGUUAGAAAAGAUUGAGGAUCCUCAUGGUUCUGGUUUCUUUAAGUUCACACAUACAAGGAUUGAUGGUAAUGAUUUCAUGGUUGAUCAAGUUAUACACAGAGAUAGUAGAGAAAUAGCAGAUCUAGGACACAUAAAUGAUCUGGUUAGAAGGUUUUCUGUUUGGUACUGGGAUAAUGAUGAUGGACUGAAAGAACCUCUUUUGGUAGAAAUUGAGAAAUCUAGCGGUAAUUUUGAAUAUCACACCCGGAAAAGUUCCACUGAGUGGUAUAAAAUUGCUGAAUAUCAUGAUUUUCCAAACCAACUCACUGGUGAACCCCUCGAGAAAGUACUGGAUGACCUUAACUGCCAACAUAAUGGUGCUGUUACUAUGGAUCUUAGCAAGCAUAGGUCGAAACCGUAUUGUUGUGGUAAGCAUAAUCCUAAAGUUGGAGUUGAGCUGCGUUCCAUUAAAAUAAGUGGAUCAAUGGAUAUAGAUUAUCGUAUACACUCUAUCAAUGAGCUUCAGCUUAAUCUAACCAAGAUCAAAUACUAUGAAGAUCCCAGUACGGUGCAAAGGAAAAGAGUAAAACUUCCAAUUUUAAAUGAACCUAUUCCUGGUAAAGUUAGUAUAUAUCUUUUCUACUGUUCAGAUAAACCAGUCUUGAUAUAUAUUGAAAAAUCGGGGUCUAAAUAUAAUAAGUGGUAUAAAAAAGACCUUAUUAAUGAAAACAAUCCUUGGAAAGAAAAAAAUAUUCCCGAUGUAACACCUACCAACAUUGGUACAAACUGCCCUAAGAGAAAUCAACUGGCAAAUAUACUAGAAAAACUUGGAUGUUGUAGCUUGGACAGGUGCAAUGAAGGUCCAAGUGGUAGACAAAUUAUAGGAGGUUCCACACAGAUCGUUUUUGUGACUCCAACUCCACCACAAGUAACCAUUCAGCUUGGUGUAAAGCCAAAAGGUGAAAAUGAUAAUCCUGCUACUUAUAAUGGCACUGAAUCUACCGGAAAUGGUAAGCAAAUUACCGUCAAAAGAUCUGAUGAACCUACUGGAUCGGACUUCUUCAAGUACACUCAUGUGGAUUCUGAUGGAGUCACACCAUUCUUACUAAAGGAAAUCCAAGGUGAUGAUGGCAAUACUAUUCCAGGAAUUCAUGCAUACGGAGAAAAUGUACUUUCAGUUUCAGCUUAUUACUGGAAACAUGAGACUAAAAAAAAUCCACUAAUAGUUGAGAUACAAGAUGAUGGAAACUACAGUUACUAUACUAAGAACAAAGAAAAGAAUGUAUGGGAACCAUACAAGCUUAAAUUAGGAUCCGACAAAGAACCCACUAAGAAAGAGUUAGACUUACUCAAUUGUGAGAUUAACAAUGUAGUUCAAAUAGAUGUUAGCAGGACAGAGGGACCAUAUUGCCAUGAGGAUGGAAAUUAUAAAGAUGGCCAUGCUAACAAGAAAGUCAAGGUUGAGAAGGUAUCAGGCUCAGAUACUGGACUUAUCAACUAUACUGCCUAUUCUCAUACUCCAGCUAACGGAUCAUUCAUCAUAUCCAGCUUUAGAAAAAACUGUAAGUCUAUAAUACUUAAGGAUCUUAAACCCGAACUUCCUCUCAAAAAUGCUAAAAAAGUUACUGUUUAUUUCUGUAAGGGGGAAGUUAAUGCCGAUCGUGCUUCCAGACAGCCUGCGAGGAAUCCCCUCCUCAUUUAUGUACCAGAUGCCAAGGAAUAUAAGUGGUUUAAAAAAUCAUACCCUGGUAAUUGGACAGUUGUAGAACUAAGUAAAACUCCGGACCAUGAUAAAAGUUAUGCAAAGAUACUAGAUUUGCUCGAUACCCUUCAGAGCACAUGUCAACCACCUGAAGUAAUCAUUGAUAUAUCUAAGAGAGCAAACGGAGGGUAUUAUUAUGGCCCAAAUUCAUUGGGAAGAAUGAUAUGGAUUGAAAAGACCGAAGGUCCAAGCAAAAAAGGAGAUCCUCCAGAACAUUACAGCAGGUAUGAUCAUAAAAUUGUUGGUAGAGAAGAUAGCUACUUUACCCUUAAACAGGUGGACUAUAAAGGUAAUUCUACUGGAAUUGCGAAUGGAAGUACUACUUACAGGGUAACUAAGGUAUCCGUUUACUACUGGACCCCUCUGGAUAUAAAACCCAGGCAAAGUAACAGUAGGGGCAGGCCUCUUCUUGUCAAAGUAACUACUGUAGAGCCUACUUCAAAAUUAAAGAAGGAAGAAUACUAUGAAAAUAAAGGUGAUCCAACGAAUACUACUUGGGAUGUAGUCCAUGAAGAUCUUAGUCAGAAUGACCAUCUCCAAAAGAAACUAGAACUUCUUAACUGUAGACUCAACCAUUCAAUCAUAAUAGAUGUCAGUAAGAUGGGGAAUAAUCCCCAAUAUAGUACAGAAUAUGACUCUUGUGAUCCUACUGGUAAGAGCCUUUAUACUGGACAUGAUGAGCAUAAGAUGAAUGUUUGUAUGGAUGAAGGUGAUACUAAGGAGAUAAACAACUAUAAGGUUUAUAAACACACUCUUAAGAAUCCUACACCUAAUGGACCGUUUCAUGUAGUAUCUUUUAAGAAUGGGUAUCAUAUAUUAAAUUUCACAGGAAAAACACCUUUGCCUGUUUUGGAUGUGGAUGAAGUAAGAGUUUACUUUUGUAAAAAAGACCCUGAUAAGCCUCUCCUAAUAUAUUACAACACUAAUGGAGAGCAUAACUGGUACAAGAAUGAAGAACCUGAGACUCCAAGUGGCAAAUGGGAUACUACUUUAACCAACACUUAUGAUCCCAAACAGCACGACAAUAUCCUCGGGGUACUCAAUGGUCUUCCAAGUGAAUGUAAACCUGCUUCUGAUGGUGAAAAGGCUGCUAUUGGUCUUGAAGCUACUACUAUAUCUCUCGGGACUAUCUUCGGAGCAUCAUCUGGUACUUUUGCCGGAGCAGGUUCUCUUACUGGACUUGGUUGGUGGGCAUUUAAACGUUCUAAAGGAGAUCCCUGGGUUAGACAGAUUUAG